GUCUUCCCGACGAGUCUCUCGCAGUACGCCCUCUGGUCGGGCGGGGUGCUCGCCGAGCUGCGCGCUGCGCACGCCGCCGGCUGCAAGCUCGUCAUCUUCUCGAACCAGGGCGGCAUCAAGGGCGCGCAUGAGGGCAAGACGGCGGCGCGCGUCAAGGGCGUGAUCGACUGGGUGGCGGAGGAGCUGGGCGUGCCACUCUUCGCCUGCAUCGCGACCCAAAAGAGCGAGUACCGCAAGCCGGGCGCGCCGAUGUGGGGCCUCAUGCUGCGCGAGCUCAACGGAGGCGUGCAAGCCCACCUCGCCGCGUCGAGCUACACCGGGGACGCGGCGGGCCGGCCGGGCGACAUCGGCGACUCGGACCGCGACUUCGCGGCGGCGGUCGGGGCGGCGCACGGCGGCAGCCUCGCGUUCCGCACACCCGAGGAGGCCUUCGGU